UUUUUCGUAUGUAAAUGCAAUUCAAAUCGUUAUAUUAUCGAUCUAACAUGUUAACCAGGUAACCAGGUACUGGCGGUGAGCCUAUUUCCGACUACAAAUAUUUUGAAAUUCGCAUUGGAUGACUUUAGUCGCAUUUGAAAUCUUUGUCGGAACGUAUUUAUUUUAAGUAAAUUGUUUAACAGAACAAAAUAAAACCAUGUGUGAUUCAGCUUGUCAUUUAUAUUGUUUGCAUGACUCAUGCUACUGUCAUUCAAGUCUGCAUUCUUGCUGUAGUCAUUACAAAUACUACAGAUGUUAUUGUCGAUCAUCCUACCAUCGUUCAUGUUGCUGCUAUUUGUGGAGAAGAAAAUGUUAUUUACUUUAAAAGUCAUGAAUAAUUGAUUUAUUAAUUGAGAGACCACUGUUAUUGGAACUAACUUUAAGGCGUAAACUCUAUUUAUAAUAGCAUCAUUGUAUUCCUGUAAAGUAUUUAGUGUAAUAAAGUAUAUGCAAAUAAUUGAGUGUUCAAAAAUAUUGCAAACUAAUGAAUUAAUAAAUAUCGAUCACAAAUCCUAAAAAACUCCAAAUUUAGUGAAAAUAUGUCACAAUUUUAUGCCAAACUUAUUUAUUUUCUGCUAGAAUUAGUUAACAGUUUCCAUUCUCAAUUUAAGUACUCGUCUAUCUGAGAACAGAUAGCAAAAUAGAUUAAAUUCGAAUCCACAAAUUGUUUCUCACUAUGUAAUUUUUCUAUACAUACUGUACAUUGGAAAAUUUACUUUAACACACCCUGUGGCAACAUAUUUUUCAAUUACUUUCGCUGAGUACGCUGUUGUGUUUCAUUAAUAUGCUGUUGCUCCUCAGAAAAUAACAAUCCCUAAUCUAGUUUAUUAAUUAAGAGUGAAGUCUCCGUAGUAAUAAUUGUCAAUAUUGUUAAUAGAGUAAAUUGUACACGAAAAUUGUCUAUAAAUACUGGAGUAUUAUGGUUUCACUACAACUGAAACCGAAUUUUCUUGCCCCAGAUGUCGAUGAAGUAGGGUCAAAAAGGGACGAUUAUGUUACUACUAAUGAAACGGAAUCUUGUUUUGUAUUCAAUGCAAAUCAUAAUUUACCGAUAAUUGACCAACGAAAGCGACUUCCUAUUUAUAAAUACCGCAGAGAUAUUUUAUAUUGUUUGGAAAAAAAUCAGGUUUUGAUAUUAGUUGGCGAAACCGGUAGCGGAAAAAGCACUCAACUUCCACAGUACCUCUAUGAACUGGGUUGGCAUAUAAAGGGCGAAAUCGGUUUAACACAACCACGUCGCAUAUCUGCCAUAACUUUAGCAAAUCGUGUAGCAAUGGAACGAGGUGAAGUUAUCGGUAGUACUGUCGGAUUUGUGGUAAAAUUUUUGGAAAAAACAUCCGAAGCUACAGCUAUAAAGUAUAUGACAGAAGGCAUUCUAUUGCGCGAACUCCUAACAGAUCCCUUAUUAAUGCGUUACAGUGUUAUUGUGAUUGAUGAAGCACAUGAACGAAAUUUAAUAACAGACAUUAUUAUUGGUUUGCUGAAGAAAGUGGUCAACAAGAGACCUACACUAAAAUUGGUUAUAUCGUCAGCCACCAUCGAUGCUGACACUUUCGCUGAUUUCUUCAAAACUAAUUCAAGCAUAAUUUUAUCUGUUGAAGGUCGAACACAUCCGAUUAGCAUAUUUUAUCUAAGCAAUCCAUGUGCGGAUUAUGUAAAUGAAGCCGUUGAAACUGUAUGGAAAAUUCAUAAAAAGGAAGCGCAGGGUGAUAUUUUAGUAUUUCUCACAGGGCAGGAGGAAGUACUACAAGCUGUGAGUCUAACAAAGGACUAUAUGAAUUUGAAAGACGAUAACACAUUGCAGCCUAUGCCGAUGUACGGAUCUUUAACACAUAAAGAGCAAUUAAAAGUAUUUUUUGCAUCGGAGAAAGGUGUACGUAAAGUUAUAUAUGCAACAAAUAUUGCUGAGACCUCGAUCACUAUACCGGGUGUUGUAUAUGUUGUUGACUGUGGGUUUAUUAAAUUAAAGUGGUUCGAUUCAGAUAGUGCGACGGACCAGUUGGUCGUAGUGCCCAUUAGCAAAGCUACUGCUUUGCAGAGAGCUGGACGUGCCGGACGGACACGCCCCGGAAAGGUAUAUCGGCUAUAUACGGAGGAAGAUUUUGAAAAAUUACCCGAUCGAUUCCCACCAGAAAUAAGACGAUGUGAAUUGAGUGCAAUGAUAUUGAAUUUAAAAGCAUUAGGAAUUAGUAAUAUUUUAAAAUUCAAUUUUCCCUCCCCACCGCCGGCCAAAAAUGUAUUGGCUGCUUUGGAAACACUUCAUGCUCUAGAAGCCAUUGAUAAUGAUGGUAAUCUCACAAAGCCUCUGGGUUAUUUCAUGGCCGAAAUGCCAUUACCUCCAAUGCUCAGUCGUAUGCUUUACAUGUCUGGUUCUAUGAAUUGCUCCGAAGAGAUUUUAACUAUAAUAGCUAUGCUUCAAGUGGAGACAGUUUUCGCGCACCCAGCUACCGGUCAAGGUCAGAUUAAAGCACGCAUUGCUAAACGUAACUUCGAAGUGGCUGAAGGUGAUUUAAUUACAAUGUUAAAUGUGUUUACGGCAUUUAUUGAAAACGAUCAGAGCAAACAAUUUUGCCGCACAUACUAUUUGAAUUAUCGCAAUCUCAACUGUGCGUAUGAAUUGCGGGUGCAGCUUAUCAAACUUGCAAAAAAACAUCUAAAUUUACCGCUCAAAUCAUGCAAUGGAAAUGUGGAAAUCAUUUGCAAAUGUAUUACAUCGGCAUUUUUUCUCAAUGCAGCCUAUUUACAUUAUACGGGGGUAUACAAGCGAAUUCAAGGAGGUCUUGACCUACACAUACAUCCACUUUCUUCAUUAUACACACUACCGCAACCGCAAUAUAUUAUUUUUACUGAAUUAGUUCAUACAACAAAGCUUUUUAUGAGCAACAUAACGGUAAUUAAGGAAGAAUGGUUAGCUGAACUAUCAUCGCAUUACUAUUGCAAAACAUCUAUACAAAAUAACGUAUAAAUAAAAAAAUUAAAACUAUUUUUUUUUUAAUUGCAAGUAAUUGGGUUUGAAAAUAUAUUAUAUUUACUAAAGAGUUUGAAUUCAAUUCAUCUCACGACGAAGGAAUUCACCCCGUGAAA